GUCCUGACUGGUUGUUUUCUCUCGCUCCUCAUCCUGACCACCUUACUGGGCAACACAUUGGUCUGCGCUGCUGUCACAAAGUUUCGCCACCUGCGCUCAAAAGUCACCAACUUCUUUGUUAUAUCGCUGGCUAUUUCGGACUUGCUGGUGGCCAUUUUGGUGAUGCCAUGGAAAGCGGCCACCGAGAUUGUAGGUUUUUGGCCGUUCGGCGCCUUUUGCGAUGUCUGGGUGGCCUUUGACAUCAUGUGCUCCACCGCCUCCAUCUUGAAUCUGUGCGUCAUCAGCGUGGACCGCUACUGGGCCAUUUCUAGCCCGUUCCGCUACGAGCGCAAGAUGACGCCCAAGGUGGCGUUCGUCAUGAUAAGCGUGGCGUGGACGUUGUCCAUCCUCAUCUCCUUCAUCCCAGUGCAGCUAAACUGGCACAAAGCCCAGACAACCAGUUACACGGAGCUGAACGGCACCUACGGCGAGCUUCCCCCGGACAACUGCGACUCCAGCCUUAAUCGAACAUAUGCUAUCUCCUCUUCCCUGAUCAGUUUUUACAUACCUGUGGCCAUUAUGCUGGUCACUUACACCCGCAUCUACCGCAUCGCUCAGAAGCAGAUACGCCGGAUCUCUGCGCUAGAAAGAGCGGCCGAGAGCGCCAAGAACCGCCACAGUAGCAUGGGUAACAAUGGCAGUAUGGAGUCGGAAAGUUCCUUCAAGAUGUCCUUCAAGCGUGAAACCAAAGUUCUCAAGACCCUCUCGGUCAUCAUGGGCGUUUUCGUGUUCUGCUGGCUGCCCUUCUUCGUCUUGAACUGCAUGGUUCCUUUCUGCAACCCGAACGAGAGCGAGAGCGACUUCUUGUGCAUCAGUUCCACCACCUUCGACGUCUUCGUUUGGUUCGGUUGGGCCAAUUCCUCCCUCAACCCCAUAAUCUAUGCCUUCAAUGCUGACUUCCGCAAGGCGUUCUCCAUCCUGCUGGGCUGUCAUCGGCUCUGCCCGGGCAGCAACGCCAUAGAGAUUGUGAGUAUCAACAACAACGGUGGCCCUCCGUCUACUUCUCACUAUCAGCCCAAGGGCCACAUCCCCAAAGAGGGCAAUAACAGCAACUAUGUGAUCCCUCACAGUAUCCUCUGCCUGGAGGAGGAGACCCCGAAGAAGGAGGACGACUCUGGGAUAAAGACCUUUGAGAAACUGUCACCUUCUAUGUCGGGGAACUUGGACAGCGACGCGGAAAUCUCGCUAGAAAAGAUCAACCCCAUUACGCAAAACGGGCAGCACAAAUCCGUACCCUGCUGAGUAUUGGGUGAGAUUUGACCCCGACAAAGAAUCCUCGUUUCUAUACAGUACUGAAUCCAAAAAAACAAAGCUUCACUGAGGACCUUAAUGACAAUUCUUGGACUAAAUGAAACUUGCGGGAAAACAAACGAAUGUUCCAAUUGAAGGCACUUUAUGCUGGAUAACUAUCUGCAAAAUAUUCGCAGCAUUUAUUGUUGACUUUAACAGGUCAGUUGUUGCAAGACAUCAAUGGAAAGUAAUGUGAAUAAACCGUGUAUGCAUAUGUAUACAUGUUGUGUAUACAUGUGCAUGCCCAUGUGGUUGUGGUUAAACUACUGUUGUUAGUAUAAGGACAAGAGUUAGGUCACUAGUCAAAUAUCUUGUAGGUGAGUUUACGUAAAUGGCUCACAAGUAGUGAAACUUGGUUGCGUCUACUGUCGACAAUAAAAUGUACAUAGUGUCGUUUAUAUUUUUCACCAUUUAUCAGAGUUGGCUGAGUCAACAUCUCCAUACGCUGCUAGUUGUGAAAUUGUAUGUGCAAACCACCCCAUAAUGUGACUUGAGAGCAGUAGCCAUUCUUACCUUGUCUUCGGUGUGUGCGUUGGUGUGAUGUCAAAGAAGUCACGGGGUAGUCUGCUAUGUGAUUUAUCAGCUGUGGAAGUGGCCAUGAAAUUUGGAUGUAAUUUUUAAUGCUUCGAUGUCAAAGAACUCACCCAACCCCCUUCCUUACUGUUAGCCCUACACAUGUCACAGUGCAGGACAAUUUGAUCCCAGCAGUAAUCACAUAUAUUCUUGUAUCCGUCACAGGGUCUAUUUAAAUGUUAGAAGAAGUCUCUAGUUCUGCUUUCCCUCUUUAAAUCCAUCCACUUUAAACGUACAAAAGUAGUCGCAGGCACCACGGCUGCCUUUAAACCGUUUCUUUUGCCAACUCUAUGCGGAUGAACUUUGCUCUAGGACAGUGUGGAAUACCACUAAUGCACAAUGGAAAAAUGUAAUUACUGCAUCUUAUGCAACACAUCUGCCCAGCCACCCAGAAAGAUGUUGUGACCUUGCCGGAAACACCAUAGGAAGCGCUCUGUAGGUCUUUCUAGUGCUUCCAAGCAUAUCCAGGAUGAAAACCAUCUUGCAUCAUGCAUAUAGUUUAGUGUGCCCCUGAACUGGUAUGUCAGCUGUCAGAUGGGAGGGUGUAUGAUUACCAACAUAUACCUCACAUGCAGGUAAACUGUCUCUCAAUUCGCAUUGGAACGCUUUAAGCUCACUUGCCCGAACAGAAUUUGUGGCGGCCCACUUUUACUAAAUUGUUGAGCUGAUUUGUUUGGUGUUACGUAACUGCCCUUGAUCUAAGUUAAUUCCAGGGCCUACCAUCCAUUGAGCGCUUCCCAUGAACUUCAGGAUUUGAAUGAACUGACGCGCAUUAGUGCAUUAGGGGGGAAAAUGCAAGCAAGGUAGAAGCCAGACCAACAUAUUUACUCGAAAUCAAUGACGCUAGCUUUUAGAUCAGUUUGCCCAUUUUUAGCUGACCAUAGAAACCCAUUUAGUUCACACUGAUGAAAAUCUCGAAUAUUUUGCCUUCAAUGAUACUCUGUGCCAAAAAUGCUGAGGACAUCAUGAUCAGUGUCCUUCUCUCUUACUCUGAUAUUCUCCUUCUGUCUAAAAGCCUGACAGGAUGAACUUCAACUGUUCGGUAACGUAGUAAGUGAAUAUGUACGUGCAACUUGGACAAAUUUGAGAGAGAGACUAGACAAACAAGAGACUUCAGUACACAUAUUUGUCUAAAAUUGGACAUUUGCUCCAGGGAAUUUUCCAAAAGACUCUGUUUACUCACCCGCCUGUCAAAGACCCGUUCUUCGUAAUGCUGCUGUAUGGAAAUAUUCAGCUAUAUGUUUUAUUUAGUUUUGUCUUAAUGCUCAAAUGCUAAUGUUGGGGUGUUUAGGAUGGUUGGUUUCAGCAGCAUUCAGUUAAGCAACAUUGGAUUUAUUAUUAGCAUUUAAAAUGAACCUCAGUGACAUUUUACAGAAGACCCAGGUGCUUCUUUUAUUGCAAACGCUAAGGUAUUCCCAGGAUUGCUGGGGAACCACGGGUAGUCUUUUAAUUAGAAGUGAAUAACACAACAGUGGGCCAAGUCGCUGGUUUUUUUUCUUACCAAAGAUUGCAGGUUUAUCUUUUGAUUUUGCAGGUGUUGCUCUGUAUACUUACACAAACCAGUGAUUUCAGGCUGAGAUGUGUCAUUUUCUGUUUCUUUUGGAGAAGGCUGAAAACGAAAACUGCAAUGAUAAUGGCGAGAACUGUGUGGCGGUGGCAGCACAACCCCAUUGAAACAUUACUUUAUCAGCUGCAUUGUUUAUGGACAUUCAUUCCAAGGUGAUCCAAAAAGGACUUAACACCUUAACCUCAGAUGGUCAACGAGUAUACGCAUUGUAACAUAAACGGGAGAAAAAAAACUGUGUUGUAAGAUGAUGUGAACACAAGUGCUUUUUUUAUCUUUAAGUCCUUAAUUGUGAGUAGAGGGAACAAAUGUACAUGAUGUUUUCAUGUGGGUUUGUCAUGCAGUUAAAGCACUGUACCGGUUUCCGUGAUCCCAUCAAGUAGGAUGUGAUCCUGGAUUAACAUGUUUUGUUUGUCCUGGAACAACAAUGUCUUGACGUUAACAUGAUCUGCCGCUGAAACUUGAUUGGUUGGUAAUGUUUUUGAAGCCCCAAACUCGGAAUAUUUUGGGUUCAGCACGAGUUCAAUCAACAGCAACCAUAUUUCUCAAGAAAAUAAGUUUAAAGGUCCUUGCCUUGAGUCUGAAAUUUUUGUAUGCGCUUUUUUUUUUCAUAUUCAUCAUCCUAAAAAUUCGUCACGCACUGAAACCUUGCACAUUGCGUAGACAUCGCAAUAAAUCACAAAACAAUACAAAAAAAUAAAAAGAUAGAGGAAAUAUUGGGUCAGUCCAAUCCUGAGAUUGCGUUGAGAGGAGAGAGAGUUCCAGCUCUUUAUCCCGAAACGAUUCACGAAGUUUACUUCAGGAUGUCAGUGGCUCAGUUUGAUGCUUUGCUAGCGAUACCGGAGCCACAUAUUAAAAAGAAGACCCCCAAUUUCUGUCAACCAGUUGAUCCUGAACAGUUAUGGAUUUUGGGGUCCGCUUGUAUGGUGGCUCUGAAUUGUCAAAACACCUCCCGAAAUGCUCGCUACGGAUGCGAAAAAUUCGAAUUUAACUCAAUCAAAUUUUUUAUGACGAAUGAAAGUUUCAGAGGCAGUGUGCAAACGUGAUUGACACAACGUGUGGUUGUAUUUAUUUUUUAAAGCGGAAAAAUUUCGGAUUUGGUGUGCAAGGACCUUUUUCUUAAAAGAUGUUGCAGUAAGGUACCUUAAAUAGAAGUGUAUUAAGACCAUUUUAAAGGAUUUGAGAAAUGUGAAGCCAAUAGUUUUAAAAAACCAUUCAUCUGUUAAAACUAAUGCAUUAAGAUCUUAAAAUCCUUUUGCAACUGUAAGACAGGAUAUACUUUUACACAGAAAAGGGUUUUCACACUAAAAUCAUGCUAACAUGUAUAUUGUGGCUAUGUAGCCUUUGAAGCAGAAUAUUUCAUUAUUUACAGAUUGGCCCCAUUCAUUUCCAUUGUAACACUAGAGUUUAUGAGCGGAAACUCAUUUUUGUUGUAAUCAACAUAACCGAACCCAGUUUAUUCCUUUAAAGGAGUAGUUCACUUUUAAAAAAAACUUUUGCUGAUAAUUUACUCACCCCCAUGUCAUCCAAG